AUGGUUCUGCAUUUGGCCCCGUGGCCCCACUCUGGUGGUACUAAGCCGUUUGUUUUGACCGAGCCGCACGCUGUUGUUGAGGUGCAAGCAUGGUUCGCAGGCUCCCUGCUACUACCGCUUGCGGCGCGGCUAAUGCAUGCAGCCUUCCUGCAUGCCACGAGCAAGAAAGCUGAGGAGAAGGGCGUCAAUCCAUACAACCACAACCGGGCUGCAAUGAAUUUUGUGAAAGCCAUUGCCAUGGUGGACAUCCUGCUGUUGGUAUGGCCUGUGUCCGUGAACAUCCUGGCUGGCAUCGCCCACUCCAUGGAUCUGUCGUGGAUCCUCCUGCACAUCCAUUGGAGGCUGUUUCGUUGGGCCCUGGCCGUUCUCUCCUCGGUGCUUCUGUUCGAGCUGCUUCAGCGACCGCCGCGCUUUUGGCGGUUCCUUCACCAUUGCUCCAUUAUUCUAGUGGUCUGCCUGAUGUGCGGAAUCCCCUGGCUGUCGCUCUACGACCUGCUGCUCUUCUCCGCCGGGAUGAUGUUGCACAUGAGCUUCCUGGCUUUCAACUGUGUUGAGUUCUUUGCCGUCUCCUGGCACUUCAUGCGCCCCGGCCACCCCCGCGCGCAACGGUUGCUCCGAGGGUGCGCGGGCACAGCGGCGGUGGCCAGCUUGCUCGGCCAUGGGUGCGUGAUUCUUUUCUAUUUGGAAGCCUUCCACCUCUUCCAAGCCUGGGCGCCACUGCUGGUUCUGAUCUUCCUCCAGGUAUGCCUGGUCUGCGAGAACGUGCACAAUGUCUACUACGUCUGGAACCUUGCAGAGCGCACGCAGGCCUCGCUAGAUGCCCAGGCAGCCCAGGAACAGAGCCAGCUGCCCACCAUGCUGGGAAGCUGUGGGUUGGGCGAAGAGGGCUUCGGGAAGCGGGAAUCAGAGAAGCAACGCGCGAGCUUGGCCGUUCCGUGA